GGCUUUUCCCCUCUCUCUCUCUCUCUCUCUCUCUCUCACACACACACACACACACCACGUUCUCUCUCUCUACAACUCCGCGGCGUAGAUCCGAGGAGUUUUGGCUCUUCGUCGCCGCAAAAAUCAACAUCUAAAUCACCGACUCUCUCUUCAAAUCUCUCUUUUUUUUCAUUCAGUCAUGGCUGGACUAGCACCCGAAGGUUCUCAAUUUGAUGCUCGCCAGUUUGAUACAAAGAUGAAUGAGCUACUUGGAGCUGAAGGCGGCGAGGAAUUCUUCACAAGCUAUGAUGAGGUCUACGACAGUUUUGAUGCCAUGGGCUUGCAGGAAAAUCUUUUGAGAGGAAUCUAUGCCUAUGGUUUUGAGAAGCCAUCUGCUAUUCAGCAGAGAGGUAUUGUCCCCUUUUGCAAGGGGCUUGAUGUGAUUCAACAAGCCCAAUCUGGAACUGGAAAAACUGCAACCUUCUGCUCUGGGAUUCUUCAGCAGCUAGACUAUAGCAUCGUUGAAUGCCAGGCUCUUGUUUUGGCACCUACCCGUGAGCUUGCCCAGCAAAUUGAGAAGGUGAUGAGAGCGUUGGGUGACUAUCUCGGUGUAAAAGUUCAUGCUUGUGUUGGUGGUACCAGUGUGCGUGAGGAUCAGCGCAUUCUAUCCAGUGGAGUUCAUGUUGUGGUUGGUACUCCAGGACGUGUCUUUGACAUGUUGAGAAGGCAGUCUCUGCGCCCUGAUUACAUCAAAAUGUUUGUUUUGGACGAAGCUGAUGAAAUGCUCUCCAGAGGGUUCAAGGACCAGAUCUAUGACAUCUUCCAGUUGCUGCCUCCCAAGAUUCAAGUUGGUGUGUUCUCUGCUACUAUGCCACCAGAGGCUCUCGAGAUCACAAGGAAAUUCAUGAACAAGCCCGUCCGCAUCCUUGUGAAGCGUGAUGAGCUAACCCUUGAGGGUAUCAAGCAGUUCUACGUCAAUGUGGACAAGGAAGACUGGAAGCUCGAGACUCUAUGCGAUCUCUACGAGACCCUAGCCAUCACCCAAAGUGUCAUCUUUGUCAACACAAGGCGCAAGGUCGACUGGCUGACCGAUAAGAUGCGCAGCCGUGACCAUACUGUCUCUGCCACCCAUGGUGACAUGGACCAGAACACGAGAGACAUCAUCAUGCGGGAGUUCAGAUCUGGCUCCUCCCGUGUGCUCAUCACCACAGAUCUCCUGGCCCGUGGUAUCGAUGUGCAGCAGGUCUCCCUGGUCAUCAACUACGACCUGCCGACCCAGCCGGAGAACUACCUCCACCGUAUUGGACGUAGUGGGCGGUUUGGGAGGAAGGGUGUUGCUAUAAACUUCGUGACCACUGACGACGAGCGCAUGCUCUUCGACAUUCAAAAGUUCUACAAUGUGACUGUGGAAGAGCUCCCAGCCAACGUUGCUGACCUUCUCUAGAGAGAGAGAGAGGAUUGAGGUGCCAGAGGUUAAAUUUUCCCUUAUCUUCCUAGGUUAGUUUUAACGUGUGAAAGAGGGAGAUUUUAAGUACCAUUAUUUGGAGAGGACUUCGAUCUCCCAACGUUAUUGCUGUCCCAAAACUACAACAUUUUUGGUUUCUGUCUUUGUACUGUAAUUGUCAAAAGAAUUUGGAUGAUAUUUGGAUUUCCUGGUCUCAUUUUAAAUUCACUUUUUUCGCUUCGUUUCA